UCCAUUAAUACAAGAUCCAGCUCAAGAGAGUAAGAGGCUCAGAGCCACCCCCGCAAGAUUCGCGCCCAUCCAAACCGCCGCCAGAAGCAGCAGCCAUGGCUUUCUGGGAGAACUGGUGCAAAGACGACGACUGCGACUGCAGCUGGACGAAGGUCAUCAUCUGGGCCUUGGUCGUCGCCGUCGUGGGCGGCCUCAUCGCCGUCCUCGUAAUCGCCUUCGCCGUCGUCUACCCGCCCAAGGCCACCGCCGACGACGCCGUGCUGCAGCGGUUCGCGCUCGCCCCCGGAAACCCCGCCGCGAACUCCAACAUCUCUUACAACGUCACGGCCACGCUGUCGCUGAAGAACCCCAACAUCUACCGCGUCAUCAGCUACGGCCCCCUCGCCGUGGCCUUCUCCUUCAACGGCACCCGCUUCGACGAGUCCGCCACCGUGCCAGCGUUCGACAACAAGGCAAGGAAGACGGCCACGUUACACGUGACGGUUGGCGGCGUCGCCAAGCCCGUCAAGCUGUCCGCGGAGGGGGUGAAGGAGUUCAGCGCGGAGAACGCGACGGGGAAGUUCGACGUGGAGGUGAGGCUGGACACGGUGCUGCAGUACAAGGGGCGCAAGGCCAAGUGCCCCCUCGUGGUCAUCUGCCCGCUCAAGCUGCAGCUCGUCGACCCGAACGUCGCCGCCACCGCGUUCCAGAGGAACAAGUGCACCAUCCUCCGGGCAAAGAUGUCCGGGUGCUAGCACCACUGACUAGCUAGAGCUCAAUUUCUGUUGCGUUUCUUGACUGUUUGCUGUACAAUUCCUCGAAAUUCUUCUUUUUUUUCCUCGAGAUUGCUUUGAAGAUUGCUCCCGACGAAUUGGUAUGUACUUACGUGGAUGAUUGGAACGAUUCAGUGUCAAGUAUGUGGAA